AUGGAACACAGCACUGGACCCAUGGAACACAAAACAGCACUGGGCCCAUGGAACUGCCUCCCAGUCUCCAUUGGCAACAAGCCUCCCAGUCUCCAUUGGCAACAAGCCUCCCAGUCUCCAUUGGCAACAAGCCUCCCAGUCUCCAUUGGAAACAAGCCUCCCAGUCUCCAUUGGAAACAAGCCUCCCAGUCUCCAUUGGAAACAAGCCUCUCAGCCUCCAUUGGAAACAAGUCUCUCAGCCUCCAUUGGAAACAAGCCUCCCAGCCUCCAUUGGAAACAAGCCUCCCAGUCUCCAUUGGAAACAAGCCUCCCAGUCUCCAUUGGAAACAAGCCUCCCAGUCUCCAUUGGAAACAAGCCUCCCAGCCUCCAUUGGAAACCAGCCUCCCAGUCUCCAUUGGAAACAAGCCUCCCAGCCUCCAUUGGAAACAAGCCUCCCAGCCUCCAUUGGAAACAAGCCUCCCAGCCUCCAUUGGAAACCAGCCUCCCAGUCUCCAUUGGAAACAAGCCUCCCAGUCUCCAUUGGCAACCAAGCCUCCCAGUCUCCAUUGGCAACCAGCCUCCCAGUCUCCAUUGGCAACCAGCCUCCCAGUCUCCAUUGGCAACCAGCCUCCCAGUCUCCAUUGGCAACCAGCCUCCCAGUCUCCAUUGGCAACCAGCCUCCCAGUCUCCAUUGGCAACCAGCCUCCCAGUCUCCAUUGGAAACCAGCCUCCCAGUCUCCAUUGGAAACCAGCCCUCCAGUCUCCAUUGGAAACCAGCCCUCCAGUCUCCAUUGGAAACCAGCCCUCCAGUCUCCAUUGGAAACCAGCCUCCCAGUCUCCAUUGGAAACCAGCCUCCCAGUCUCCAUUGGAAACCAGCCCUCCAGUCUCCAUUGGAAACCAGCCCUCCAGUCUCCAUUGGAAACCAGCCUCCCAGUCUCCAUUGGAAACCAGCCUCCCAGUCUCCAUUGGAAACAAGCCUCCCAGUCUCCAUUGGAAACAAGCCUCCCAGUCUCCAUUGGAAACCAGCCCUCCAGUCUCCAUUGGAAACCAGCCUCCCAGUCUCCAUUGGAAACCAGCCUCCCAGUCUCCAUUGGAAACCAGCCCUCCAGUCUCCAUUGGAAACCAGCCCUCCAGUCUCCAUUGGAAACCAGCCCUCCAGUCUCCAUUGGAAACCAGCCCUCCAGUCUCCAUUGGAAACCAGCCCUCCAGUCUCCAUUGGAAACCAGCCCUCCCAGUCUCCAUUGGAAACAAGCCUCCCAGUCUCCAUUGGAAACAAGCCCUCCAGUCUCCAUUGGAAACCAGCCCUCCAGUCUCCAUUGGAAACCAGCCCUCCAGUCUCCAUUGGAAACCAGCCCUCCAGUCUCCAUUGGAAACCAGCCCUCCAGUCUCCAUUGGAAACCAGCCCUCCAGUCUCCAUUGGAAACCAGCCCUCCAGUCUCCAUUGGAAACCAGCCCUCCAGUCUCCAUUGGAAACCAGCCCUCCAGUCUCCAUUGGAAACCAGCCCUCCAGUCUCCAUUGGAAACCAGCCCUCCAGUCUCCAUUGGAAACCAGCCCUCCAGUCUCCAUUGGAAACCAGCCCUCCAGUCUCCAUUGGAAACCAGCCCCCCAGUCUCCAUUGGAAACCAGCCUCCCAGUCUCCAUUGGAAACCAGCCUCCCAGUCUCCACUGGAAACCAGCCUCCCAGUCUCCACUGGAAACCAGCCUCCCAGUCUCCAUUGGAAACCAGCCCUCCAGUCUCCAUUGGAAACCAGCCUCCGCUCUCGGCUGGCAGAUGCAGCAAAAUAA